AUGAACAUGCAUCACAUCUUGGCAUCACCGGAAUCAAGCGCCAUUGAGUUGGCUCCUAUCAAUGAAAUGACAUAUUCUUCCAACAAGCCAGCAAGUCCCAAUCAUCCUCCUGCGUUUCUUGAACCUGCUCCAAUCAUUGAAAAUUACCGCUGUAAUGGCACAUCUGUACCUCGCAUCUUUUCUGCAUUCAGUGCGAAUCUGAAAGAUGUUCCUUCGCUGGUGCCUUCCUCAGCAUCUUCCAUCUCUUCUGAUGCAUCGAAUCCUCCCUCCCCUCUUUCCAAUGUAAAUAGCUUCCAACAACAUACUUACAAUGAUAACACUCCCCAAAUACCCUGUCGUCAUGCCUCUUUAUUACAAACCAUUCAACCAAAGCCUAAUUGCCCUAGCAUAUGCCCUGUCGCUCAUUCAUCUUCUCCGGCCUCCAACUGGUCAAGAAACAGCAAUCAUGCCAUGGUAGAUGCCUCGGGGUUACCUUUAUCUCCCACUAUGAUGGCUGCUUCUGCUGCCGCCAAUGCUGCUUCUGCUCAAAACCAUACUGGCUCUAUUGUAGAGAGCACAUUCCUCAACUCUCUUAGUUUAUCUUCUGAUGAUGACAAUGCGGGAAAGAGACAGCGCCUCAACGAUGAAGAUAGCAAUGUCAUGGGUCAAGCUCGUGCCACUGCCACUGCUGCUGCUGCUGCUCCUUCAUCAGUCCCUGCCAACCCUACUUCAAGUGAGUCAUCAUUUGCUCGCGUGUCAUUCAUGGUACACGGCGUCAAACGCACAUGCCCCAUGGGUGCUGAUCAGCGAAUGUUCCUGACCAAGAACGCUCAUAUCAAGCGUCCUCGUAACGCAUGGAUCCACUUUCGUUGUCAUUACGGUCAAGCCUUGAAAUCGCAAGACCCAACACUUCGCGCAGAAGAAAUUUCCAAACGUGCCUCUCGUCGUUGGGCUCGCUUGUCUGAAAAUGAAAAAAAGCCAUGGCACGAUUUAGCCGAGCAAGAUAAACAAGCCCAUAAAGCAGCCUUCCCUGAAUACAGAUACUGUCCAAGAAGAUCCAAUACUGCUGCUAUGAUUGCUAGUCAGAAUGCUGUAAAGAAUCAACAGUAA